AUGACAGCUUACCUUCCGAAUAUGCCGGCGAGAGCAGUGUCUGCUAUACUAGACUACUGUAACUAUCCAGAGAUCCAAGCCCUCCGUAAAACGUGUCGAUUCCUCUGGCUCACCAUCGACCACCUCCUCCCGGAAGCCCAUCUCUCUGGUCUCCUUAUCAAAACCUUGAAACCCAACCGAAUCGAAAUCAUCAUGAGAUUUCUGAAAAAUCAUCUCCUCAUCACCUACAAUCAACACGAAUACGGGUGCAAUGUGACAUGGAGUGAUGGGGAUGACGAAUGGGAGAAUUUUGUCAGUGACAUUGACUUUUUGACACUAUUUUUCAAGGAUUUCUGGAUUCUCCUCAAGCAUCAAAACGGGAUUUUGCAGUUCUUCCAGCUGAAAAUUGAAGUAGAGAUUCCUGGAUUCUGUGUGAAUAUGGAAAAAGUGUUGAGGUCGAAAAGAAACCAGUUGAAAGUGAAGGAUUUGGACUUGACCGUGUCCAAAGCAAGCCAGAUAAUGUGUGCCCUACCGUACCUCGAUCCAACGUUACGACUCAAUAUGAUAUGGAUAAUUGAGCCGAAGAGAAAUGAGCGGGUAUUGGAUUUAGAGGAAGUCGUCCAGCUUCCCCAAUGGAAGAAUUCAGUUGAAAUCGAGAUUCUGGGAUUCACGGUUUGCAAUUCAAUCGAGCAUUUUCAACAUUUUAAGAAGGCUCAUGUGAAUUCUUUUGAGUUGAUAACUGGGCAGGAGGUGCUGAGGAUGAAUGAGGUAAUCAAAAUGACUUCUGAAAGUGGUCUGAUCAACUUGCCGGAGGACGCUAUGCGUCACAUUUUGGAGAAAUGCGAUUUUCAGGCAGUGCAAUCCCUGCGCAAGACCUCUCCAAUUCUUCGCGGAUUCAUCGCGGAAAACCCACCAAAAUCCGUCAUCUCCAAACUAUCCGUGGGCGUCCACGACAAGAUAAUCGCUCUGAAAGUGACCUACAAAGGUGCCAACUCCGACGACGAUGACGAUGACAACUAUCAACUCCACGUGGAGUACCAACAAUAUAAAGGCGGAUGCAAAGUCCAUCUGGUGAAAUCGUUGACGGAGAAGACGGAGAAAAUUGUAGCCGGGGAGAACAAUCUGGAGGUAUUCAACCGCGACUUUACCUCGCUUCUUGGCUAUCAAGGAGCCGAGAGUCUCGAUCAAUUAUUUGUGGACUCCGGAGAGGUUCACACGUUGCCAGAGAUCACUGAGAAGAUGAUGAAGAAGAUCGCGGAGCAGCUCACGCCGGCGUUGAAAGUCAAGAAAGUAAAUAUAAAUUCCUCGGAUGAGGAGAAAAUCCUGAAAGUGCUGGAUAAGCUUGAGCCGGAACACUUGGAGGAGCUGGUUCUCGAGUCUCGAACUAUUACGUUCGAUGUGAAGUGGAAGAAAAUCGGAGAGAGAUUGAAGGAGAAGUUCUGGAAGAAUCUGAAGGUUCUGGAGUCUGCAGGGGUGUUGGAGGUCAGAAUUGAAGAGCUUCUUCACUUGAAUCAAUUGAAAAUGAAGUCAUCGGUAUAUGGGAUGAAUGACAUCACCACUAUGAAGGAUCACUUCAAAGAUUCUUACACCAACAGAAACAAGUACUUCAGCGUGAUCUACCCUGUUGGGGUGCCCUAUGAGGCGCACACUAUGCGAGCCAGGGAGAUGUAUUGCACAUUAGGGGAUCCUCGCCUGGUACUACUCAUCGCAUUCUACUGGGGACGGGUCGAUAUGAUGUUCAUCGAGCCGUCGGAGGUGCCGCUGGGAAGAAUUGUCAAGGAUUGGUGA